UUGGUCGGAAACACUCGCAAAAUCGUCCUUCUCCCUUCGUAUCGCGUUACAUAAUUGUUCGUCCGUCCGUUCGAGCGAACAUUUAUGGCUUACCCCGGGAUUCGCGAUCUGUCAUAACGUGAUAUUCCGACCGCUCCGUAUCGCGCCAUAUUGAUAGCAAAGUGUUUUUAUGACCGCGAAUCCGUGUUUCUCGAGUGUUUUGCAGUUUUGGCGAAUCCCGCGGAUCGUGAGGCAGGAAUUGUCGAGACACGGAAUCUUGAGCGAUGAAAAGUGCACAUGCGAUAUCUGCAAAAUGACAGAGGGUAGUGUGCCCAGAAUGAAGCGCAAUGGUGCGCGACUUUUUAAGAAUCCUCCACAGCCGCAUAUGUGCAUACAAGAUUUUAUACAGGGCACUACUGCACCAUGUUACGUGAAUGUAUUGUCUUGGGAUAAAAUUGCGAUGCCUCGCAAGCCUUCACUGCCCGUGCCGCUCUACGGAGGUAUGAGAGUGCCACCACCUCGCACAAAAACAGAAGCCAUUGUGUUUGCUGUAAUGGCUAAUCCAGAAGUCUUACGAAUGAGUGGCAAGAAUGCUCAGGAUCCAAAGAAGCGUAUGAGCUUUAUCGAGUUAUUACUAGACUUUGUAGAAGCAAUGAACACAGGAGUUUUCUUCAGUCGUCAUUAUACAAUUUUAAAAGAUCGAGAUAUUACGGGCGAAUUGAAGGAAGUUUGGAACGCCGUAUUAGCCAUUCGUGAUAGCGAGCAGCGUCCGCCUCAGCAAGAAACCUGGAUCGACGCUCAACCUUCUGUAUCGCAAUAUCCUCAGUAUCCAGAACAACAGCAGCAGCAACAAGAGUAUACUCCACAACCGCCACAGUAUCAUUCGAGCAUUGCAUAUGGCAGAACUAUUAGUAAUGAAAAUAUGCACUAUGACAAUUACGGUCAUCAGCCUCAAAGCUCGAUAAUUUCCAAAAACGAGCCGAUCUUCAUAUCAGGUCCUAUUAUGUCACAACAGUAUCAUGGUAAAGUUCCUCAAGUACUCUCACUUGAUCGUUAUAAUUAUCGGGAACGUGGUAGAGAAGAUCAAAUCGUGCAAAAUAUUAUUACGGCGCAGCAUCAAUUUCAACCUAGACAAGCAUGGCCACAGUAUGUGAAUACUAAAUAUAUGCAUCCGAACUCGAAUCUGCCAUACGGACCAGCUACAAAUACUCCUCCAGUGAUUAAUCCUCCGAGCCUGAUCAAGCCUUUUCAGCCAUAUGCCCCUUAUCAGCAACAACAGCAACAGCAGCCGCGCAUGGACAAUGUAAUGCACAUUGAUAUGCGUAGGAUGCAGCAACAACAACAGCAGCAAUCACAACAAAUGCACUUGAAUACUGUACAGCCACAGCACGAACAGCCUGGAUCGUUCAAUGUACAAAAUAAUGCGCACAGGACGGGUAGACCGCAUAUGGGAGUAGUUCAGAAAAACAAUGCUACUAAGAGGCAGAAUUCACCUAUGCAUACUUCUUGUACAAAUUGUCAAACAAAGGAAGAUCAAUCCUUCACGAAACCGAAAAGUCCUGUCAAAGUUCUCCAAAGAGAAACACUGAUGGAGCGGCAGGAUAUAACUAAUCAUACGGAGAAUAAUAAAGUUUCAACAGAAAAAACAGAAGAAUCAAAGACUGCUUUAGUGACAGAUCUAAAUGAGGAUUUUAAAAAAGAUGAAAAUGUGGCUGUGGAUACGUUGGAAAAAGAAGAUCUCGAUAAUCCAGAAAAGGCAUAUACUAUUGAUGAUCCGCCGCCAUGCGAAGAGAAGAAUCCUGUAAAAAUAGAUAAGCCUUCAGAAACAAAAGAGACAGAAGCGUCAGCAAUGCAACAACCAACUGUUCAAAAGAAUCCCAACAAGUUUGCCAGAAACAAUGCUAAAACGCGAAAAAUGAUGAAAAAUGACAAGCAUAAUUCUCUUGUAUCGGAUAGUCCGAAGCGCUCGCAGCCAACAAUGAACAGCAUUAUCAAGAGCGUGUUCAAGAUUAAUGCGAGCGGGUCUGGUGAAGAGACGUCUAACAAAAGAAAAGUAAACGGUCAAACGAAGACAGCUAAUGGUAAAACGUGCGAGAAUGAGGAACAAGGGCAAGGAUACACGAUAUUAAAGAAGGAGGCUCAGGAGGAAAUAGUGAGCGAGAUUGCUCAGAUAUCCAUUCAAGACUGCAAGGACGCGACCGAAGUCGGUCCCGUGCUCUCGUGAUAGCCUGAUCUACAGCUGGUAUACAGCUGUGUUAUCACGCGAUCGAGAGCUUUGAUGUAAAUAAAUAGAACAUUAUUCGAUAGAGAAGUCACAAGAAAAUGAAAGAUACUGGAGAGAGAGGAAGAAAGGAGGAGACCUGCCUUUGACGAUCGAAACAUUUACAGAAGAAAUAUUUCGAGUCCUUUCAUUCGGAAUCUACGCGUCUUCCUUUGGGAAAAUUUUGACGGUCAGAUAUCGCGCAAAUAGCUAUGGACAUAGUGUGUGUAAUUCUACAUAUGCGAUGAAUCAUUGUCACAGUGCCGUUGAAUUUUUCGAUAGUCGGUAUCUGAAAGCAUUCAUCUACAAGAGACACUUCGAUAGUCGAUAUUUUAAUUCUUGGCGAUCCACAAUUUUUCAGAGAUAAUCGCAUAAUGUACUUUGAAGUUCUUUUAUUUUCAAAGAAUUUAUGCUUCUUGAAGGCUUGGAGUAAGUUCAGAAUUCGAAAGAAAUAAGAUAGCAAAGUGGAUCAUUAAGAAUUAAUCAGCAGGCUGUGAAAACUGUUGCAAACAUAGUGUAUAUGAUCAUACUAGAGUAACAGUACUAGAGUAAAAUCAUCGUGUCUAUUUAUCAGCUAUCGUCGACUAUGGAAAUGUCAAGAAAGCCAUUUGUUUGGGUACAAUUUGAAUUUUAAUGUAUAGUUUGAUUAAUUAAUCACUUUUUUUACA